AUGGUGGACGUGAGUUUAGAGGAGCGCUGCCAGCGGAUCCUGCAGGAUAUGGAGGGCUCUUUGACAGCUCGGGACCGGGUGGGCAUUCAAGACUUUGUUCUCCUGGACGCCUACACCAGUGAGACAGCAUUUAUGGACAACCUCAGAAAACGGUUUAAUGAGAACCUCAUAUAUCAUCUGUUUGCAAUUAUUGCCAGUGUCCUUCAUCUCGGCAAUGUUCACUUUGAGGCCAGUGCCCAUGGUUAUGCCACAUUAUACAGCAGUGCGGAAGUACACUGGCUGUCAAAGUUAUUGGGAAUCCCCUUAAGCAUGUUACAGGAGGGUUUAACUCACAGAAAGAUUGAAGCCAAAGCAGAAGAGGUUCUAAGCCCUUUCACCGCUGAACAUGCAAAGUAUGCCAGAGAUGCACUAGCCAAAGCCAUCUAUGGCCGCACAUUCUCAUGGCUUGUUAAUAAGAUUAAUGAAUCGUUGGCUAAUAAGGAUUCAACCAGAAAGACGGUGAUUGGACUGCUUGACAUCUAUGGAUUUGAAGUGUUUGACGUGAACAGUUUUGAACAGUUCUGCAUAAACUUCUGCAAUGAAAAGCUUCAGCAGCUUUUCAUCCAACUCACCCUCAAAUCAGAGCAGGAGGAGUAUGAGAUGGAGGGAAUCGAGUGGGAGCCAGUGCCAUACUUUAACAACAAGAUCAUCUGUGAUCUGGUGGAAGAGAAACAUAGAGGCAUCAUAUCAAUACUGGAUGAAGAAUGUUUGCGUCCUGGAGAAGCCACAGAUUAUACAUUCCUGGAGAAGCUAGAGGAGAAGAUGUGCGGUCACCCUCAUUUUGUCACACACAAAUUGGCUGACCCGAAAACACGCAAGACCCUUGAACGAGGGGAUUUUCGACUUCUACACUAUGCCGGAGAGGUUACUUACUCAGUUGUUGGAUUUCUUGACAAAAAUAAUGAUCUUCUGUACAGAAACAUUAAGGAGGUCAUGCGACAGUCUAAGAACAGUAUUAUACAGCAUUGCUUCCAUACUAUUGAACCUGACGGCAAGAAAAGACCCGAGACGGUAGCCACCCAGUUUAAGAGCAGCCUUGCAGGCCUCACUGAAAUCCUCAUGACCAAGGAGCCAUGGUAUGUGCGGUGUCUGAAACCCAACCACUGUAAGCAGCCAGACCACUUUGAUGAUGUCAUGGUGAGACAUCAAGUCAAGUACCUGGGGUUAAUGGAGCACCUGAGAGUCAGGCGUGCUGGGUUUGCUUAUAGGAGAAGAUACGAGGUCUUCCUGAAAAGAUAUAAGGCUCUAUGUCCUGACACAUGGCCACACUGGAAGGGGACACCAGCAGAGGGAGUGCAGCGACUCAUCAAACACCUUGGCUAUAAACCAGACGAGUACAAGAUGGGAAGGACAAAAAUCUUCAUUCGCCAUCCCAGGACUCUUUUUGCCACUGAAGAUGCGUUUGAGAUCUGCAAGCAUGAAUUAGCCACAAGAAUCCAGGCCAAAUACAAAGGCUAUAGGGUGAAAGGAGAAUACCAGAGGAAGAGGGAAGCAGCUACCAAGAUUGAGACAUGUUGGCGGGGCCUUCAGGCCAGAAAAGAAAGGGAAAGGAGAGCCUGGGCUGUCAAAGUCAUCAAGAAGUUUAUUAAGGGCUUCAUAAACAGGAAUCAGCCUGUCAGCAUGGACAACUCUGAGUAUCUGGCCUUUGUCAGACAGAGCUACCUCACUCGACUCAAAGAGAAUCUGCCAAAAUCAGUAUUGGACAAAACCAGCUGGCUAACUCCUCCACCCAUAAUGCAAGAGGCCUCAGUGCUCUUGCGUAAGUUGCACACACGUCUCCUCGUGCGGAAGUAUGUUCGAGGGAUCAGUGCACAGCAGAAGGUGCAGCUGCAAAUUAAAGCACUGACCAGUGACAUAUUCAAAGGCAGAAAAGAGAACUACCCUCAGAGCGUAUGCCGACCCUUCGCUGACACUAGGAUAAGUGAACAAGAUAUAAACAUCAGAGUCUUGCAGCUGAUUUGUCCUGAGGGCAAUAAGUACAGUGUUCCAGUGAUUAAGUAUGACAGGAAUGGCUUUCGGCCACGUUUCAGACAACUGAUCUUCACUCAGGCCGCUGCGUAUCUGGUGGAAGAGGCCAAAAUCAAACAGAGGGUGAAUUACAGUUCACUAAAAGGGGUGUCUGUCAGCGAUUUAAGUGACAACUUCCUGAUUCUCCAUGUCACUUGUGAAGACACAAAGCAAAAAGGGGACCUGGUCUUGCAGUGCAGCUAUCUAUUUGAGGCAUUGACAAAAAUCUGUGUAGUGACAAAAAACCACAACCUCAUCAAAAUUGUUCAAGGGAGUGUGAGGUUUGACAUCCAGCCUGGCAAAGAGGGCUUUGUUGAUUUUAAGAGCAGCAGUGAAUCAAUGGUCUACAGAGCCAAAAAUGGACACUUGAUGGUGGAGUCUGCACGGACAAAAUCUCGAUGAUGAAGUUUUACCUCACAAACCUUCUCCACAAUGGCCCGAUUAAUGCAUUUCAGUUGAGUUUAUUAAACACUUUAACUUGCCCUAAAAGAACCUAUAGAACGGUGUUUUCCAAUGGCCCCAAGACAUGAAAUGAGUGUUUAAGGUUACGGAGACAAAAUGUGUACUUUUGGGGAACUCCAGAACCAGGGUUGGGAAAUAUUGCUCUAUGAUAUUAAUGUGUGAAUUCAAAGGACAAAUCAUGAAAUAUAACUGUAAUUUAUUUAGA